AUGGAGUCGCAUCGCCUACUUAUCAAAAAUAUCCGACAAUUGGUCCAAGUCACUGCCAAUAACGAUCAGAUGUUCCUCAGGGGCGAGGAGGCUUCUCAGAUCCAGGCAAAUUCCGAGAUCGCAAACCGGAAUUCGCUUGAAAAUAUCGAAAAGAUUGUGGAUGCAAAUGGUGGCGUCGUAUUACCUGGGCUGGUUGAUGGACAUUCCCAUCCGGUAUUUGCCGGUGAUCGGGUACAUGAGUUUGCGAUGAAGCUGGCUGGUGCGACUUAUGCUGAGGUGCAAGCAGCCGGGGGUGGAAUCCAUUUUACUACGGCUGCUACACGGAAGGCUAGCGAAGAAGAGCUCUACCGCGAUUUCGAGAAAGUGUCGCGUCAAAUGCUUUCCGCUGGGACGACAACUCUAGAAGCCAAAAGUGGUUAUGGGCUUGAGACCGAAACUGAAAUGAAGAUGCUGCGUGUUUUGGAUAAGCUAAGCAAAAACAGUCCAUUGGAAAUUUCGGCCACAUUCUGCGGGGCCCACGCCGUGCCGAGAACGACAAAUGAAGAUGACCAAACUAAAGCUGUUGCCGGCGAAAUGUUAGAUGCAAUUAUUAAAGCAAAAUCCAAUGGUGAACUCCAGUGCGUCGAAAACAUCGAUGUAUUUUGUGAGAAGGGAAACUUUGGAGUCGAAAAUACCGAAAGAAUUCUGAAAGCUGGCGAAAAGGCGGGACUGCACGCUAAUUUCCAUGCCGAGGAGCUGAACUGCUUGAAUAGCGCGGAGAUGGGCGCGCGAAUUGGGGCGCGCGCAAUGUCCCAUUUGGAAAAGGUGUCGCCAGAAGGGAUUAAGAUGAUGGCGGCAUCAGGUACGGUGGCUGUGCUGCUUCCUUCAACUGCUUUUAUUUUGCGUUUGGAGGCGCCACCAGCUCGGGAGUUGUUGAAAGCUGGAGUGAUUGUGGCUUUGGGCUCCGAUUUCAACCCAAAUGCCUGGUGCCCCGUCAUGCCACAAAUAAUGCACAUGGCCUGUAUCGUCAUGAAAAUGUCAAUUCCCGAAGUGCUUGCCGCGGCGACGAUCAAUUCGGCGCAUUCCAUCGGCCGAGGUAAAACCCAUGGGGCACUCCAUAAAGGUCGCGUCGGCGAUCUGUUACUUCUGAAUGUGCCAAAAUGGGAGCACUUGGUUUAUAGAUCCACAACACCCUACGAUAACACGAUUACACAUGUUUUCAAACUUGGAAAACUGGCCUUUGAGGCUCAUAAA